AUGGUGGGUGACUGGCCGCCUCUGAAGCUGGGAGUGGGCUUCGCGCCUCACUUCUGCAAUGAAUGCAUGCAAGGGAAGACUGGGGUUGAGGUCAUUAAAGGGAAAACAGAGCCGAUAAGUGAUAGCCUGCAACAAAUGGAUGAGAUGGUGCGAUUAAAGGCGAUUGACUGCUACAUUUGCCAGCCUGAUUUAUCAGAUUAUAGAAUGCGUUUGUAUGCAGGACACGGUGUUGCGUACUUCAUCGUGCGAAACCAAGCCCUGGAACAGCAAGCAGUGCGCCCAAAUACAAUGGUAAGUCAAAUAUCCUGA